AUGUCAUUGUUAAAUCCGAACGACGAGGAUGAGGAUUCGUCGACAUUUUCCUUUGCAUCGGAAAAUACCAGUUAUGACCCUGAAGCAGAGGCCUACACAGUUCUUCGGCUACUCAACUGUCCUCUGUGCGGUAGACUAUUCUCCGAUCCUGUGACUUACCUUUGUGGGAAUACAUUCUGCCGCGGGUGCUUGCUAUCUCAUUCGACCGCCUUUAGAUUUCAGUGUACAGUACAAGGAUGUGGUCGAUUACAUGGGGUUGACGAGAGGACUGCUAGGACUGACGUUUCGGUGAGCAAGUUGACCGACAUAUGUCGAAAAGAGAUACCGGAGUUGAUUUCCCGUGUCACUCAACAGAAUACACGAACAAACUCGCGGUACACCCAAGACGAAUUUGAUUUUUUGGAACGGCAUUUAUGUGAUGAUGAUGCGAACUCUUCUGACGAGGAGGAAUCUCAAUUUUAUUCCAGAAGAUUUGAUUCGUCCGAUAUCUACUCAGAAAACAAAUCCAAUGAUAAUUCCAACAAUUCACACGUCGUCCGCACUGACUUAUCCCGUCUUAAGGAUUUACUAGCAGGUGAAUUAGAAUGUCAGGUCUGCUAUCAGCUGUUCAUCGAUCCUGUAACCACUCCUUGUGGCCACACCUAUUGCAGACCCUGUCUAACGCGUUCGCUGGACCAUAAUGAUCGAUGCCCGUUGUGCCGUUAUCAACUUCGCAGCUAUGAAUACUAUCGUAAUAACCCAAUAAAUAAGACAAUUUCAACCUUCAUAACUUCUCUCUAUCCAGCUCUAUAUGCUGAUCGACGACAAUCGGCCGAGAGUGAACUUUACGACAGUAUGCAGGACGUUCCAAUAUUUGUCACUUCUUUGGUCUUUCCCAGAAUGCCAUGUUUCCUACACAUAUUCGAACCGAGAUACAGAUUGAUGAUCAGAAGAUGUUUGGAGUCAAGGCAGAGAAAAUUUGGCAUGAUACUACAAGAAGAUUCCGAGUACGGUACGAUGUUGGAGAUUCGGUCAUCCGAAUUUCUGGAUGAUGGUCGAUCGAUGGUGGAGACGAUUGGAACGUAUAGGUUUCGAUUGGUCGAAAGAGGGAUAAGGGACGGUUACAUUGUUGGAAGGGUUGAAAGAAUAGAUGACAUUGAUCCCGAACAAGAGUUGGAACGAGAGAGAGAUGCCAUAAGAGUCGCUGAUAUUAACAACGCAAAUCCUAUCAAUCCUCGGACGUACGAACCAACAAUAUCGGAAUUGAUUACUAUAGCUCGAGAUUUCAUCGAGUCGUUGAGAAAUGGGUAUGCUCCGUGGCUCUUACAACGUUUGAAUUCUACCUAUGGUGACAUGCCAGAAGACCCUUCCGACUUCUCCUUUUGGAUCGCCUCAGUAAUACCAAUUGAAGAAAGUGAAAAAUACAGAUUAUUGGGAGUGCGAUCAAUCAGGGAGAGAAUGAAAAUAAUUGUCUCGUGGAUUGAACAGUUGAGAGGACAAUGGUGGUUCUCAAGAGGAUGUUCGAUAUCUUAA